AUGGCUGAUGUUUUGAAAAGCCUGAACCUCCUUGAGACCCUGAAAGAGUCCAUAGAACUCAAUAAGUUAUCAGAUGUCAAGGAUGCAGUUGAGGAUCUCCUGAUCAGCAGGAUCAACUUAGCUGUGAUAGGGGACCGUGGGGAUGAAAAAGCCACCUUUAUAAACUCCCUCCGAGGCCUUGGUCCUGGGGACGAUGGAGCAGCGCCGUCUCAGUCCACUGUUGCUCCGGAGGAAGUGGCAGGCUACCCAAACCCUAAACAUCCUGACUUUCGCUUGUGGGAUCUGCCACCCAUCCCAUCCACCUCUCCAUUUGAACCUGAGGGAUACAUGGAUAAAUUUAAGUUCCCACGCUACAAUGCUGUCGUCAUGACAUUCACACAGACGCCCCAACCCAACAGUGUGGAGGUGUUCCUGGAAGCCCGGUCACUGCAGCGGCAAACCGUGUACUUUAUUCUCUUAGCUUCAGCAAAAGACACAGAAAAGAGCCUGGAAGAAAAGAGGAAAGCCAGUGUGGACGUGCUGACAUCACAGGGUGUGACACUGCCGAAAGUCUACCUGGUGAGACCCUCCACCCUGGAGAGGUUUGACUUCCCUGGUCUGUUGGAGGACAUGGGAAGAGACCUUCCAGAGAUCCGAGCCCACGCCCUUCUCUUUGCUCUCCCGACGCUUACCCCCACUCUGGUCACUCAGAAAAAAGAAGCAUUCAAAGCACUAGUGUGGGCUGCCGCCUCGCUAUCUGGUGGAGUGUCGGCUAUUCCUGUUCCCCUUGUGGCCUCUAUGGUGGACUCAAGUGUAGCAGUGCGGAUUCUAACCAAAGCACAAUUAUCACUGUGCCUGGACGAUGAAUCAGUCGAGCGGCUGGCCCGACAGCGAGGCAUGGACCCCACAAGGCUCAAAGGACUGCGGACUUGUGUCCUGUCAGUGGAGGUCAGUAAAGGUGAAGUGAAAAAGCGGCUGGUGGCGGCAGAGAAGGACUUGGCCACGGUUUCGUCAAAGCUGGUGGAGAUGGCGAUGCCCAGACAUGCCCGCUCUGCCAGCCGCUCAUUUGCUGCCAUGCUACAAGCCUUAAACGGCGCCAUUGAUGAAAUGGCGGCUGACGCUGAGAAGAUAGUGGCUGUUGCUCUUGUGGAGGGGAAAUGA